GACAAAUCACUUAAGAAAGGUUAAAAAUAGAGAAAAAUCCAUUUGGGAACUGCCACAAAAGUAGCACUGGGUCUUUAUGGGUUAAAGUCAUUUUAUAUUUUGUGUAAGAAAAUAAAUCUUGCAUAUUAUGAAUGUUAAAAGCUGUAAUAGCAUCAGAUUUAAACUUUCAUAUCAGUAUUUCUAACGUUUUAUUUGGCAAAUCACAUUAUUUUCAAUGUUUCCUCUUUUAAACAGAGAAACAUUGUCUUCGGCUGUUACAUCACACUUCACCUGACAUUAACCGAGUUUCCAAUUCUGUCAUAAUGUUUGUGUCAUAUCAUAUGAUACAAAAGAAUUUAUGUGCAACACUGACUUCCAAGCUAUUAAAAAGAGGUCAAUGAUCUUUGUGAGCAGCUGCUUGUGUGAUGUGAAACUAAUCUAGAACCUAAACAGUCCAGGAAGUCACAAAACAACAGAUUUAUAUUCAGCAUUUACUCACAUACAGUAAAAGGUACUUUGAGAGGAGCCUGUCUAAAUUAACAGGAGCCACAUGCAUUAUUAUGAAUGAUUACAAGGAGUUAUUUGCUUUUAAGUGUGCACACAUGAGCAUAUUUAUGUCUAUUUUUUUGACUAUGGGUUCAUUUCAGCUGAUCAAAUCUACAGUAGCACAGGUACUAGUGGCUACAGAGACCCAGGGUAGGGGUCUGGGCUGGACCAGUUUGGGCUGUGGUGUCGUGUGUGUCAUUGAAGAUCACUCAGUCCACUCCUACUUCCUUCGUCUGUACUGUGUUAAGGUAAGAGGAACUGCAGAUACUCCACCCACACACUCCAUGACUUCGCACAAUGACGUAACAUGGAACAUCAAUGCAACAGGAGCACAGUUGCAUGUAUACUGUUUCCUUUAAUUUGCAGUUUCCGUUUUAUAACAAUAAGGAGUCUUAUCAUGCGGGCUGAGCUGCUGUGGGAGCAGGAGGUUUACAUUCCAUUCAAAUACACUGCAACUCACACAUAUUUCCACACAUUCCCUGCAGACAACCAACAGGCAGGUUUCAACUUUGCAAAUGAGACGGAGGCAGAAGAAUUUCAUUUUGCAGUGGAAUCUGUUCAAAAACACCAAGCCUCACUCUUAUUAACUGUAAAUGCCGAGAAUGAGGAGGACAAAGAGGACGGGGAAACAGCUGCUCCGUAUGAUUCAGGAAUGAAACCACUGGAUGACUCAGACUCACAGACACACUACCCCACAGACUUAUCUCCCACAGUAGCAGCAUCAGGUUCAUUUAAGGAUCUAGACCCCGCUAUGAGGAGGCUGUUGAUGCAGGUAAAACUGACUGAGGACGAUCUGAAAAACAAAAACGUUUCUGAAGCUGUCAACAGCAUCAUUAACCAGUUUGGAGGACUGAAGGCUGUGCAGAGAGAGCUGAACCGUAAAGGCUCUGCCUCUAAGACGCUGCCCAGAGCAUCGAUGGCGUCCAUUUCUCUGAUGCAGGGGGCUUUGUCACAUUCGACCACGUCCUCUCAGCUGAUGCCACAGAGCAGAGACACACUGGACUUCUGCCAGUUUGCAUUUACACCUCCUCCUGCAUCAAUGGCUCCUCCUCCUUUUCCACAAAAAAUCAAAAAAACUGUCAGUUUCAAACAUAUGAAUUCAGCAUCCGAUUUAGAAAACAGUGACCUCCUUCUAUCUGCACUGAGAGACGCAAUCAAACGAAAACAGCAUCAGCACAAGUGAGGAUGACGGAUAUGACCUGCAACUUCAAGAAGCCUUGAGCUGAUGUUUCAACUUAGUUUUGUUGAACACUAUCAAAUAAUACAGUAAAGCUUUGUAACAUGAUGUAAGUCUCUGUCUCUGAUACAAGGCUGACCUACUGACCCCACACACCCAUAAAUUAACCCACUACUAACUAAUGAAGGUGUCUUUUGUUAUGUGCUACGUUUGACUUGAUACACUUAACUCUUCACUUAAAUAAAGUAUAACCAAAGGUACAUCAGGAUACAGGGUACAAGGUACAGGUAGGAAAAUAUUUAUGCAGCUACUUAUUUUACAUUACAUAUACUGUAAUUAAUUGACAUUAACCCAUAAAGACCCAGUGGUAAUUUUGCAGCCGAAAUUUUUUUUCUCUAGAUUUAACCAUUCAUAUAAGAUUUAUCACCAUUUAUUGCAAUAUUAU